CCUGUUUGUUAGUGGUCUAAAGCGUCGUGAAUAAGAAAAUGAAAAACAGGAAAAAAAGAAGAUUGGGAAAUUUUAAGUGAAAUUUUGAAAAAAGAAUACGGAUUAUCAGUGAGAGAUCGAGAGGAAAAUACAUUCAUCAAAUUCAAAUAAAGUUAUGAAAUUCGAUAGUUUCGAUGUGAAAGAUGAGAUGCACCUUCUCACCUCGGAUCGUCCUCAGAAGAUUCAUACCAUUUUUCAAAAGCCGUCAACUGUUUUCAUGCUCUCUUCAUCUUCUAAUGACAAAAAACAACUAAAUAUAAAAGAAGGCAAUACAGUUUUUGCCAGAUUAAGGAAAGUCUUCAAACCUAAAAAAUUGAAACAAAAAAUUCGUUCGGCGACAAUCAGUAUUGCAGAAACCACUCGUUCUGAGCAAGAAGAAAUAAAUGUUGGAGCACCACCACCAAUAGACGAGUCCUUUUUCUUCGAAAAUCUUGAAUCCUUAAGAGGUGUGGAAAUUGAUGGAAUUAACAUACUUGAAGAAGUAUGGAAUACAGUGAGCAUUGCAGAAAUGAAAGUACUGACAGAAAUGGAGAAUGGUAACGUACCAGAAAGAGAUGGAAUCCUCUUUCCAGAUUCUGACGAUAGAUUUAGAAGUAUUGCGUUCACCUGGGCUUGUAUUCGCGGAAUAUCACACAUUUUAGCCGGACUUGAAGCCUCUGGAGCAGACAUCAAUAAUGUCCUAUUUCAAAGUGCAUCAGCAGGCAUGUGUGCGGCUUUUGCUAAAGAAAGUUCUUGUCUGGAAUUCCUAGUUGAGAAGGGCGCGAAUUUGAAUUAUGUUAGUCCUCUUUAUGGUCACUGUGCUUUGCACUUAGCUACAGUUGGCCACCGUCUCGAAAAUGCCAAAAUUCUUUUGGAUUUUGGUGGUGACUUGAAUAACGUAUCAAAUAACCCACACAUGAUCCCACUUUUACACUACGCGAUUAAAAUGAAGUCAGAAGAAGUUUCAGAAUUAUUCAUCAGGCGAGGGGCUAACCCCAUAUACAAAAACCUUCGUGGAGAAACUCCCCUUCAUGUGGCAUGUGGUGUCCAAUCUUUGAAAUGUUGUGAACUCUUAUUACAAAAACCAGAAGUUAAUGUAAAUGCUCUGGAUGAAAUCAAUAGGGCUCCUUUGCAUUAUGCCACAAUGGCUACUGAUUUAAAUAUCAAAUUAAUAGAACUCUUACUGAAACAUGGGGCGCUGGUCAAUCAAAUAGACGGAAAAGGAUUUUCACCUCUUCAUCUUGCAGCUUUAGGAGAACAGGCAGAGUGUGUUGAAAUGUUGAUUAUACAUGGCGCGGAUCUAACUGCAACGACAAGCAAAGGAGUGUCAGCCCUGAAUAUUAUUGUGCGAAAAAUACCAGAAUCCCUUGAAGCGUUUAAAAAGAAAAUGGAUUCUUCUAUACUAAUGAAACGCCCAGGUUGUCAAAACAGGGAAUUUGAAAUAAGAUUAGAUUUCACUUCUCUUCUUCCAAGUGACGGCAGACACGAAACUAUUUUUAUCAACUCCUUCGUGAACGAGAAUUUGACAGAUCUUUUACCUCAUCCUCUAGUGAAGGCAUUUAUUUAUCUAAAGUGGGAAAGGAUAAAAAAGUUUUACCUUCUAAAUAUUUUCUUUUACGCACUCAUGCUGAUCUUCAUGAGUACCUAUGUGCUAACCGCUUUAACUUAUGAGUGUUACAAUUUUCAUCAGGAAAAUAAUACCAGCAUUAAUUAUGAUAAUAUUAUUUGUUAUUACUUUGACAAACGACUUGUUCAAUUAGAUUGGUACAUUUGGUUGGCUUUUGUUUGUUUAAUGAUACCAAGAAAAAUUCUGAGUUUUAUGACUUGUGAGAACUAUAAGGAGUAUCUCUGGAAUAUAGAUAAUAUUCUGGACACUAUAGUUAUAAUGAGUGUAUUCGCUACGUCUUUUAUUUAUACAGGAAAAACUUAUCAUUGGCAGAAACAUACUGGUGCUUUUUCUGUUCUUUUUGCUUGGACCAACUUGAUGUUCAUGAUUGGGCAACUGCCAGGAUUUGGGACUUAUGUUGCGAUGUUUACUCACAUUCAAUUUGAAUUUGCAAAACUUUUGUUUGCUUAUUCAGGACUACUGAUUGGAUUUGCUUUGAGCUUUUGUGUGAUUUUUGAUGGAGAACCAUCUUUUGCAAAUCUAUUAACCGGUUUGAUUAAAAUUUUAACGAUGAUGACUGGAGAACUUGACUUUGAGGCACUUACAAGACAUCUGGAAUGGAGUGAGAGUGGUUACAUGCUUGUUAAUCGUCAAUUAUCUAUCUGUUCGCAAAUUCUUUUUAUCCUUUUUGUCAUUUUUAUUGUCUUCAUUUUAAUGAACUUGCUGGUUGGUAUAGCUGUGCACGACAUAAAAGGUCUACGGGAUCAGGCAGGUCUUACCAAACUAAUCCGAACAACGAAAUUGAUUGUCUCCACGGAAAUGGCAGAGCGAAAAAUAAGACUUUCCUCAUUUCUUAAAAGAUUAAUGUCCAAUAAAACAGAUUCUCAAAUUCGAAAACAUAUUCUUCUAGUGAAACCAUUAAAUCCACUAGAAAAGAGGCUUCCUAAAGAAAUUCUUAAAGAAGCCUAUGAAAUUGCUCAGAAAAACAGUCCAAUUCUGGACGAUGAAUAUCCAGAUUGUAACGAUCCUGUUUCUUAUAUCCCAAAAAAGAAAGAAGAGGAUAUAGAUGCUACUUUGGAAACUGCAGUUGAGAAACUUAGUUCGCAGUUGAAAAUCAAAAUUGAUGAACUUUUCGACUUGAAGCACCAGUUAUACGAAAUUAAAAGUGCGUUGGAACAGAUCCUGUUGAAAGUAUCGUAGAGGAAGCGUUUUUCGUAACUCUUCAUUUUUUUAAGGUUAUCUUCUUAUUAAUAUAUACUGGAAUAGAAAAUGAUAUUGAUGACGAGGCGACUAUACAAUUCGGUGGCAUAACUGGAUAAUCGGAUGCGAUUUGCUAGGGUAUGUCAUACAGUCUGCGACGUUUUGUGGAUAGUCAAAUGAUUAAAAAAUGAAAGUUGCCAGACUUUUAAUGUGAGAUUGGCGAACAGGCUAAAGUAAGAAGCCUAUUUAUGACGGUUCCAGAAUGAAGUUAAUCUGAAAAACAGCGUUAAAGAAUUAGAAUUAUGAAAUUAACUGAGAGAUACAGCGUACAAAUAUGUUUAAUAUUUAAUAUCAAAAUAGCCAAAAUACCUAUUUGCACACAUAUGCCGCUUACGGAUAUUGAAAUUAAUGUCCCAUUUGAGGGUUGAAUAAAAAAAUUGUUAUUUUUU